UUGGCCUGGCAGAAGACACACCAAGGAGCUGGAGGUGUGGCCGGCGGGUGACACUUCUCCCGGGGUGAGUCACUCGGCUCAGAGUUGGAGAGGCUCUUUCAUCUCCGCGGGUUGCUCCACAGCCAUGCCCAGGACCUGGGUUCUUCUUCUUGGGGUAUUUACCUUCAUUGCUGGGCCACUGUCUAAAACUGUUAAUGCUCGAGUGACUGAUAUCAACUCCAAAGGGUUGGAAUUGAGGAAUAAAGUUAUUAAAAGAGAAGCCCAGUGCUCAGAAGGCUUGUAUCGAGCGGGCCAAUUCUGCUGUCAGCCAUGUCCUCCUGGCAAAAGAAAAGCUGCUGACUGCAAAUUUGAUGAAGGUGAACCAGAGUGUGUGUUCUGCAAAGAAGGGGAAGAGUACACAGACAAGGAACAUUAUUCCCCUAAGUGCAGACGAUGUUCAUUUUGUGAUGGAGGACAUGGCUUAGAAGUGGAAAGAAACUGUACCCGAAUCCAGGAUACCAAGUGCAGAUGUAAAUCAAACUUUUAUUGUAACACUUCUGUAUGUGAACACUGUAACCCCUGCAUUACGUGUGAACAUGGAAUCAUUGAGAAAUGCACACCAACCAGCAAUACCAAAUGCAAAAAAGAAAUUACAGGUUCCAGACAUAAGUUGUGGUGGUUUUGUAUCCUCAUACUCCCGAUUGGGCCAGCUCUGGGGCUGUAUAUGAAGUACUUCAGGAGAAACCAUUUUCACCCUGAAAAUAUGUUCCUACAUCCUCCCCAGGAAACAGAAACAGUGCCACUGAAUGUCUCAGAUGCUGACUUUAGUAAAUAUAUACCUAGGAUUGCUGAACUAAUGACAAUAAAUGAAAUUAGAGAAUUUGUUCGAAAGAAUGGUGUCUCUGAAGCCAAAAUAGAUGACAUCAAGAAUGACAGUCCCCAAGAUACAGCCGAGCAGAAAGUUCAACUGCUUCAUAGUUGGUAUCAAGUUAAUGGGAAGAAAAAUGCAUGCUCCACUUUUAUUAAAAGCCUUGAAAAAGCCAAACUUUGUGCUCAUUCAAAGCAAUUUCAGAAUAUCGUCCAGGCAGAC